AUGUUUUCUCGACGGACGCCCCUCGCGAUCGAGGACGGGGCAACUCCCAGCGGCGAUGGGUCCUCGGCAAGAUAUUCGACCAAGGGAACCUACGGAUUGAAAAAAUGCCACGAUUCCGAGGAUGCGAUGACCGAUAUCGUCUUCGUCCAUGGCCUCACUGGAAACCGCGAGACCACCUGGACCGACAAAGCGAGCGGUGUCUUUUGGCCUGCCCAUCUUCUCAAGAACGAUGUGCCUCGCACCCGCAUCGUGACGUUUGGGUACGACGCCGACGUGGUCCACUUCUGGGCGGCGGCGUCGCAGAACCGAAUUCGCAACCACGCGACGAAUCUCGUCAACGCUUUGGCCCAGUUGCGCGAAAGGACGGACACGGAGGACCGACCCCUCAUAUUCGUCACCCACAGCCUGGGAGGGCUCGUCUUUGAGGAUGCAAUGAUAGCGUCCCGAAACAGCGCCGAACCUCACAUCCGUCGAGUCUACGAGGCGACGUACGGCGUCUGCUUCCUUGCGACGCCGCACUGCGGAUCCACACUUGCUAGCUGGGCGACGAUCCUGGGCCAAAUCGCCAACGUAGUGAAGAAGACGGACACGGGGAUCUUGCAGGCGCUACAACCUGAAUCUGAGGUGUUGGCUCUGAUCCAGACAGACUUUCAUAACAUGAUUGUUCCCAAACAUUCGGCCAUUCUCCCUGCCUACAACGCCAUCGGAAUCCACAACAAUCACAUGGAUAUGCCCAAAUUCACCAGUGAGGAGGAUCCGGGUUAUCUCUCCGUUUCCACAGAGGUACUGCGGUGGGUACGCGAGAUCCAAAAAGCACCGCCGCCGCGGCCAAUGUCCAGCAGCCACCGUACGGAAUCCCGGGCCAACCAAGCCCGGCUCCGGUUCCCGGGUCGAUGCCCUAUGGCUACGGCUACCAGGGAUACCCCUCCUAGCGGGAUGGGCUGGCAUAACCAAGGCAUGCCGGGCAUGGUUCAGAUGCCGAUGCCCACACCACCCGCGCAGUCACCCGGUGUAGGGCCGGGGCCGCCGCAGGGUUACGUUGGUAGCAUAGUAACGGGAACGGUCAAUAACUAUGCAGGGUCCAAGAUGGUGCAGGGGAAUAAUUUCCAGGGGCCAGUCAACUUUUAG